AUGAGUGUGAUGUUUGUUAUAUCAUGUGGACCUUAUCACCGCACCACAUGGGGCUCACACCGCACCACUUGGGGGCUCACAACCGCACUACAUGAGGCUCACACCGCACCACAUGGGCCCCACACCGCACCACAUGGGCCCCACACCGCACCACAUGGGGCUCACACCGCACCACAUGGGGCUCACACCGCACCACAUGGGGCUCACACCGCACCACUUGGGGGCUCACAACCGCACUACAUGAGGCUCACACCGCACCACAUGGGCCCCACACCGCACCACAUGGGCCCCACACCGCACCACAUGGGGCUGACACCGCACCACAUGGGGCUGACACCGCACCACAUGGGGCUCACACCGCACCACAUGGGGCUCACACCGCACCACAUGGGGCUCACACCGCACCACAUGGGGCUCACACCGCACCACAUGGGGCUCACACCGCACCACAUGGGGCUCACACCGCACCACAUGGGGCUCACAACCGCACUACAUGGGGCUCACACCGCACCACAUGGGGCUCACACCGCACCACAUGGGGCUCACACCGCACCACAUGGGGCUCACACCGCACCACAUGGGGACUCACACCGCACCACAUGA